AUGGCACUUUCCCUUGCUGCUGCUUCUUCUUCUUCCUCACCUCCCACUACUCGAUAUGAUGUUUUUAUCAGUUUCAGAGGCGAGGACACGCGUAAUGGCUAUACCAGCCAUCUUCAUGCUGCUCUCCUCAGAAACCAGAUCCACACGUUCAUAGAUUAUAGAAUCCCCAAAGGAGGUGUCGUCUGGAACGAACUUGUUGAAGCCAUCAGAGAUUCAAAGUUGUUUGUUGUUAUCUUAUCCGAAAACUAUGCUUCCUCUAGCUGGUGCUUAAGAGAGCUGGUUGAGAUCAUGGAGUGCAAGAAAAAGAAUGAACAAGUUAUUGUGAUUCCAGUGUUCUAUAAAAUAGAGCCCACACAUAUUCGCAAGCAGAGUGGAAGUUACCGCAGAGCCUUUGAUGAGCAUGAGAGAUCCUCCAACCGUAAACAUGUGCAGCAAUGGAGGACGGCACUCACUGAAGCUUCGGAUCUCUCUGGCUUCACUUGCAAUCACCACAGGCAUGAAGCAGAGUUGAUCGAUGAAAUUAUAGAAGCAAUUUUUCCAAAUUUGAAUUAUAAUUGCUAUAGAGAUGAACUCAGAAGUCCUUUUAUCAGCAACAGAAAUUAUACCUCUGUUAAAUCCUUACUGAAAUUCAAGUUGGAGAAAAUUCUUGUGAUUGGAAUUUGGGGUAUGGGCAGUAUUGGUAAAACAACUAUUGCUACUACUCUUUUUCAUGAGUACUCUUCAGAGUACAAAGAUCAUUAUGAUGUGGCUGAUUCACAAAUUGCAACUGAUUUGAUUCAACUGCUUUGUAAUUGUUUAAAUUCUGGUAGUAGAAUCAUUUUGACAACAAGAGACAGAAAUGUGCUAUCAAGUGGAGGAGUUGAAGCAAUUCAUGAGGUGAAGGAAAUGAAUUUUGAAGACUCCCUUAAAGUUUUUAGCCAUAAUGCCUUUAAUGAUUCUCAUCCUAAAGAAGAUUAUUAUGAGCUAUCAACAAGAGUCGUAGCAGAUUAUGCCAAAGGAAUACCAUUAACAUUAAAAAUUCUGGGAUCAUUUUUUCGGGCUAUCAAAAGAAAAAGUGAAUGGGAGAGUGCAUUGAGAAAACUAAAAAAGUAUCCCAAUGCAGAUAUUCAGCAAGUGUUGAGACUGAGUUAUGAUGCAUUAGAUAAUGAUGAAAAAAACAUCCUUCUAGAUGUUGCAUGCUUUUUUCACAGGUAUAAAAUGGAAGAAGUAACAAGAAUAUUAAAUUCUUGUGGUUUCUUUGCAGACAUAGGAAUAAAAAGCCUAUUGGACAAGGCUCUUAUAAGUGUUGCUUCAGAUGAUUGCAUAAAAAUGCAUAGCUUGAUACAGAAAAUGUGUUGGAAAAUCAUUCAUGAAGAAUCUAACGAAAAUUGCGGUCAACAAACAAGACUGUGGAAUACCGAAGAAGUCUGCAAUAUAUUCCAACAUGAAAGAGAUAUUCAUGGAGUUGAAAGUAUGAUUGUGGAUAUGAAUGAAAUUACAAUAGAUCCACGUAUAAUCAUCAUUGCAUUAAGGAAGAUGCCAAAGUUAAGAUUGCUUGCUUUAAGAGGAAAUAUCAAUUUAGAUCUUGAAUGGAACAUAGUGUUUGUAAAGGAUUUUCAACUUUCGAAUGACUUAAGAAUGUAA